AGGGCGUGACGCUUGUUUAUGUAAUCUCAGAUUUGGUUGCAGUUUUGGUUUGUCGACAAGGAAGAAUCAAGACAGGACCAGUCAAUCCCGUUCAAGCAUGUAUUUUAAGAUGAUUGUAUCGUUUUUGGCCGUGACUUUAGCCGUGGCGAGCGAUGGGAUUCCUGGAGGCCCUAUAGAUGCCGACAUUAACGAUAAAGGGGUUCAGGAUGCGUUACAGUUCGCAGUGACCCAGUACAACAGCGAAAGUAACGAUGCGUAUGUACGUCAGGUUACCGAGGUCAUCGACGUACAACAACAAGUUGUCUCUGGCCUGAAAUACAUCUUCACUGUGAAGAUGGGCAGAACCACCUGCAGAAAGGGUGUAGUUGGGACCCAGUGUGCCAUUCAUGAGGAUCCUAGUGUUGCACAGGUCACUCAGUGCAAAAUAACAGUCUGGAGCCAGCCAUGGUUAGACUCCAUUAAAGUGCUUGAAAACACCUGCAAGUAGAGCUUGUGCAGCAAUACAAUUUACUUGCUUUUGGUAAUAAUGGUGAACUUUAGGUCUUUACUCUUGAUAAAAUAGAAAUUACAUUUGUCCUGAAAACCUGUCAACAACAAAUCAUUAUAAAACAAUGCUUCAUUAACACAUAAUCAUGUAAUCUCAUUAGAAUCAACUGCUCUGAAAAAAAGCUACAAUUUAUAGGAAUUUCUAAAUGAUAAAACGCAUGUUUCUACAUUAGUUCAUUCUUUACUAUUAAAACACAAUAUGUCUGUGUGCUGUGUUUAUUUGGUUUAAUUUAUUAUGGAAGUCAUAAUGACCUGACGUUUCAAAUUCUAGUAUAGAGAACACUGUGUUAGUGUAGGCCUGUGUAUUAUUUUAUGUAUGUAUAAAUAAACAUAAAGAAAAACAAUAA